UGCUGCAUCUGUCGUGUCGGUCGUCGUCCCGCCUUCUCGCCCGUCUGAGUGUCUAUCUGUCUGACGAUCGAUCGUCGCCGAUCUCUCGCACUCGGACUCGUACCCGUUCGUCGCGUCGCGUUGCGUUGCGUCGCUAAUUUGCCUGUGCUAAUCGCAGUGGCAGUCGCAGUACGGCCCCCGAUGGGCUUGAUCACCAUUCCAUUGGUGGAGAGCAAGUGAAUAUCCGAGUAAUACGUGUGUUUUUCGUGAAUCUCUGCUAAUUGGCAGCAGCAGCCACAGCAGUGGUCCAAGUGCUGGAUGCACAGAUUUGUGGCGUAUCACCCGAAAUCAGGGCAGGGCAAAAUGUGUCUGUGCGAUUUAACAAAAACAAAGGCGAUCAUCGCUCGGAGAAGCUCCGACUGAGAGCUGCGCCUGCGCGCGGGCCCUAACCUCAAAGUACGCGUACACAAAAGCCUUCGGACGACUCUUGUGGCUUGUGGCAGUGUGAAGCAUUGAAACUGGUUCCAACACUCACACCGAUACGCCGACACACAGUAAACACACUCAAACACACACCCAUACCACGGCAAAUUGCAACGACAACAGCUUAAACAAAAAUACAACAAAACUCCACUCUACUCUACUCCAACAAAAACGCAGUGAAAAAGUCAAAUAAAAUUUAUGAAAAAGUCUUAUUUUCGGCACGCAAAGCUGACGGGGCAAGAAAGCGAAAGAAAGCAAAAACUCGGACACGGCCAAGACCCAUAGGCCAAGAACCAGCAACCAAAAGUGCGAACAGCAACCCUAUGACGUCAGUGGCCUCCGCAUUCGCACGGAUCUAAGACCUUGCCCUGCCACUCCCCCCUUCCGACGCCUUUACCACGAUGCGGACCACCUUCAAGCUACUGCGGAGGCGCAACGGACUCUGCCUGCCCCUCCUGCUGCUACUGCUGGCCCACUGCGUCUGCGUGUGGCCCGCGUCGGCGGCCCGGGAUCGCUUUGCGCGACAGAACAAUCGGCAGCGCAACCAGGACCUGGACCGCGACCGGGAUCGCUAUGUCUACCGCAGCAGCUCUAACCGGCCGCGCGGCGGCAACCGAGGAGUUAGCCACAGCAACAACGCCCUGGGAAUGAGCCUGGGCGCGGGAGGCGUCACUCUGGCCAACAGCAUGGAGGACCAGAAGUCGAACGAGUUCGUUAAGGGCAAAAUCUGCAUCGGCACCAAGUCCCGCCUCUCUUCACCCUCGAACCGGGAGCACCACUACCGGAAUCUGCGCGACCGCUACACGAACUGCACCUACGUGGACGGCAACCUGGAGCUGACGUGGCUGCAGGACCCCAACCUGGACCUCAGCUUCCUCGACAGCAUCCGCGAGGUGACCGGCUACAUUCUGAUCAGCCACGUGGAUGUCACCAAGGUGGUGUUUCCCAAACUGCAGAUCAUUCGCGGACGGACGCUGUUCAGCCUGGCCGUGGAGGAAGAGAAGUACGCCCUGUUCGCCAUAUACUCGAAAAUGUACACCCUGGAGAUGCCCGAGCUGCGGGACAUCCUGCAGGGAGGGGUGGGCUUCUUCAACAACUUCAACCUCUGCCACACGCGCACCAUUGUGUGGCGCGAGAUCCUCACCGGCAGCACCGAGAACUUCAACUACACGUACAACUUCACGGCCCCGGAGCGCGAGUGCCCCAAGUGCCACGAGAAGUGCGGCAGCGGGCCCUGCUGGGGCGAGGGCGCCCACAACUGCCAGAAGUUCAGCAAGAUCAACUGUGCCCCUCAGUGCGCGCAGGGACGCUGCUACGGCCGCGGGCCCCGGGAGUGCUGCCACCUAUUCUGCGCCGGAGGCUGCACGGGCCCCACGCAGAAGGACUGCAUCGCGUGCAAGAACUUCUUCGACGAGGGCGUCUGCAAGGAGGAGUGCCCGCCCAUGCGCAAGUACAACCCCACCAGCUACAUCCUCGAGACGAAUCCCGAGGGCAAGUACGCCUACGGAGCCACCUGCGUGAAGGAGUGCCCCGGCCACCUGCUGAAGGACAAUGGGGCCUGCGUGCGCAGCUGUCCCUCGGACAAAAUGGCCAAGGAGGGCGAUUGCGUUCCCUGCAACGGGCCCUGCCCCAAGACCUGUCCCGGCGUGGAAACCGUCAACUCUGGCAACAUUGAAUCGCUGCGCAACUGCACCGUGAUCGACGGCAACAUCCGCAUCCUUGACCAGACCUUCUACGGCUAUCAGGACGUGUACGUGAACUACACGAUGGGUCCGCGCUACAUCCCGCUGGAUCCCGAGCGGCUGGAGGUCUUCUCGACGGUCAAGGAGAUCACAGGCUAUCUCAACAUCGAGGGUAAUUUCUCGGGCUUCCGGAAUCUGUCCUACUUCCGCAACCUGGAGAUCAUCCACGGCCGCCAGCUGAUGGAGAGUCUCUUCGCUGCGCUCUCGAUUGUCAAGUCCUCGCUCCACAGCCUGGAGAUGCGCAACCUCAAGAAGAUCAGCUCCGGCAGCGUGGUCAUCCAGCACAACCGCAACCUCUGCUACGUGGGCGACAUCCGGUGGAACGCUGUCCAGAAGACGGCCGACCAGAAGCAGUGGAUCAACGAAAACCUCAACGCCGCCGAGUGCCGCAAGGCUGGCUUGGUCUGCUCGGACCAGUGUAACGAGGACGGCUGCUGGGGAUCGGGCACGGAUCAGUGUCUCAACUGCAAGAACUUCAACUACAAUGGCACCUGCAUCGCGGACUGCCGCAACAUCACCAAUGCCUACCAGUUCGACACGAAGACCUGCAAGAUGUGUCAUCCGGAGUGCCGCACCUGCUCAGGACCAGGGGCCGAUCACUGCGACGACUGUGUCCAUGUGCGGGACGAGCAGCACUGCGUGUCCGAGUGCCCCGAGGAGAAGUACAGCGAGAAUGGGGUGUGCCGCAGGUGCCACGAGACCUGCGAGGGAUGCACUGGGCCGAAGGACACUAUCGGACUGGGCGGCUGCAAGACCUGCAACCUGGCGAUCAUCAACAACGAUGCCACCGUCGAGCGCUGUCUGCUGAAGGACGACAAGUGCCCCGACGGCUACUACUGGGAGUAUGUCCAUCCGCAAGAACAGGGCUCCCUCAAGCCGCUGGCCGGGAAGGCCGUCUGCAGGAAGUGCCACCCUCGCUGCGAGCUCUGCAGCAACUACGGCUUCCACGAGCAGGUGUGCUCCAAGUGCGUGGGCUACAAGCGACGCGAGCAGUGCGAGGACGAAUGUCCGGCCGACCACUACACGGACGAGAACAAGCGCGAGUGCUUCGAGUGCCACCCAGAGUGCAAGGGUUGCACCGGCCCUGGCUCUGACGACUGCAUCGCCUGCCGCAACUUCAAGCUCUUCGCCUUCCAUGACGCCAGCACCUACGAGAACUCCACGCUGUUCAACUGCACCUCAAAGUGUCCGCCAGACUUCCGGCACGUUAACUACCAAUCGCUGCAGAUCGGACCUUUCUGCGCCUCCAGCCCGCCGAGGGGAGGCAAGCUGAACGCAAACCUGGACGUGAACAUGAUCGCCAUCAUCACCAGUGCCGUGCUCAUCCCAACCAUCUGCAUCCUCUCUGUGGUCACGUACAUCUGUCGUCAGAAGCAGAAGGCCAAGAAGGAGACGGCCAAGAUGACGAUGGCCCUGUCCGGCUGCGAGGACUCUGAGCCGCUGCGCCCCUCCAACAUUGGCGCCAAUCUCUGCAAGCUGCGCAUCGUCAAGGACGCUGAGCUGCGAAAGGGCGGUGUCUUGGGCAUGGGCGCUUUCGGCCGGGUGUUCAAGGGCGUCUGGGUGCCUGAGGGCGAGAACGUGAAGAUCCCGGUGGCCAUCAAGGAACUGCUGAAGUCCUCGGGCGCCGAGUCCAGCGAGGAGUUCCUGCGCGAAGCCUACAUCAUGGCCUCAGUGGAGCAUGGCAACCUCCUGAAGCUGCUGGCCGUCUGCAUGUCCUCCCAGAUGAUGCUGAUCACGCAGCUGAUGCCGCUGGGCUGCCUGCUUGACUACGUGCGAAACAACCGCGACAAGAUCGGCUCCAAGGCCCUGCUCAACUGGUCCACACAGAUCGCCAAGGGCAUGUCCUACCUGGAGGAGAAGCGGCUCGUGCAUCGCGACCUGGCGGCACGCAACGUUCUGGUGCAAACCCCCUCGCUGGUCAAGAUCACCGACUUUGGGCUGGCCAAGCUGCUGAGCAGCGACUCCAAUGAGUACAAAGCGGCUGGCGGCAAGAUGCCCAUAAAGUGGCUAGCCCUGGAGUGCAUCCGGAACCGCGUCUUCACCAGCAAGUCGGACGUGUGGGCCUUCGGUGUGACCAUCUGGGAGCUGCUCACAUUUGGUCAGCGGCCGCACGAGAACAUCCCUGCCAAGGACAUCCCCGACCUCAUCGAGGUGGGUCUGAAGCUGGAGCAGCCGGAAAUCUGCUCGCUGGACAUCUACUGCACCCUGCUCUCCUGCUGGCACCUCGAUGCGGCCAUGCGGCCGACCUUCAAGCAGCUGAUGACGGUCUUCGCGGAGUUUGCCCGCGAUCCAGGCCGCUAUUUGGCCAUCCCCGGUGACAAGUUCACCCGCCUGCCCGCCUACACCAGCCAAGACGAAAAGGAUCUCAUACGCAAGCUGGCUCCCACCUCGGAUGGCUCUGAGCCCAUGGUUGAGGCGGACGACUAUCUGCAGCCAAAGGCGGCGGCGGGUCCUAGCCAUCGCACGGACGGCACUGACGAAAUUCCCAAGCUGAAUCGCUACUGCAAGGAUCCCAGCAACAAGAACUCCAACGGUGGCAUCGGCGGUGAUGAUGAAACCGACUCGAGUGCCCGUGAGGUGGGCGUGGGCAAUCUGCGCCUCGACCUGCCCGUCGACGAGGACGAUUACCUGAUGCCCACGUGCCAGGGCGCUGGUCCCAAUAAUAAUAACAACCACAUCAAUCCCAAUCACAACGUGGCCGGCGCGGGCACCACCGCUGGCUACAUGGAUCUCAUCGGAGUGCCCGUCAGCGUGGACAACCCUGAGUAUCUGCUGAAUGCGCAGGCCCUGAAUGUUGGGGAGGCGCCCAUACCCACGCAAACCAUCGGCAUCCCUGUGUUGGGAGUACCUGGCACGCUGGAUGUGAAGAUUCCGAUACCGGGCAGCGAGCCGACCAGCUCCGACCACGAGUAUUACAACGACACCCAGCGGGAGAUGCAGCCGUUGCAUCGGAACCGCAACACCGAGACCAGGGUGUAGCCGAUCCCACUGCCAGAACGGAAUAUCAAUUCUUGCCACAAUACCCAAGUGCCUUUUGAAGUCAACGCCAACGCCAACGCCAACGCCAUGCGGAUGCACGGGCACGUGCCUUUGAAUGCUGUUAUCAUAGAUAGAACCCAUUCGCCUGUAUAAACCAGGGCCCAAACCCAACCCAACCCUAGGAUAUGUGUGUACAUUACUACCGAUAUUACUCCAUAGUGUACUUAGCCCGCGCCCCUGCCCCACUCUAGUGUAUAGCUUUGUGUAUACUCGUACUUCUCUAUCCUAACCCUAGCCACUAGUUGAGUUGAGUAGUCAGCAGGGAUCGUCGUCGCGGUCCUGCGCUUGUAGAUUGUAUGUAAUUACGAGAACAAAACACCGAUAGUGCAUUUCUUAGACGCCUCCGCCACGGCGGACUCUCGAAUGGUCCGCGCGGAGGGCGCACACUAAGCUAAACUUAUCUCUAGUUCAUCCGGCGGACUGUCGCAGAUGCAUUAAUAACUUCUUAUCGUGAAUAGUUACUUAUAGUUAGUCGUUAGCCUCUAGCGCCUAUUUUUCAACUGUGAUAUAUAUUGUAGGCAUUAUCUAAGGACUUGUAACACCAUGAACAAACCGAACGACUCGAAAACAAAUCAAAAAUUAUAUAGAAAGCACUAAAAAUUAAUUGUACAUACAGAUCUAUGCAAUUUAGGUCUAGUUUCAAAUCCCAUUCGAUAUCAAGAAAGUUUGACAAACCAAUCCCUAGAGUGCCAUGCGUCGAUCGAUGCGAUUCUCCUAAAGAUUUCGAAUAUUUGUUUGGCACCGCAGACAGCUGUCUCUGUAAGGUAACUAGUGUAAGCGCGCGCAUAGGCGAUAUGUUACCGAUCAAAGAUAUACAUAUGUACAUACAUAUUUUUGUAUGUAUUAACAUUUCUCACAUAAAAAUACAACCGUAUAAUUACUUGCAUACGUUCUUCUUAUACACAGAUUGUAGAUUUGCCAAGUGCAGCUUAUGCAUAAUGAAUAUGUUACAU